AGAAAUAAGUAAUACAUAGUAUCGAUGAAUAAUAGUACUUAAGAAAUAAAGAAGAUUUUAAUGUUUUUUGUUUCACCCAGCAUGCCUUAUUGUUUGUGUACUCAGAAAGUAGGAAUGAAAAAACAGCUCAAACUUUGUUGUUUAUGUGUAAAUAAGUGAGUGGAAUGGGAGAAGAGUGGAAACUUCAUUAAACAGCCUGCGGCUCCAUUCAUACAGUGUAAGUAAAGGAUGAGGAGAGUGUAAGAAGAGGAAACUGUAUAUUUAAUAAUACUGCCCAUGCCCUCAGUCUUGGUGUAGUAAAGUAGUAAAGGGUAAGAAGAGGAAAUUGGGUACUUUUGUUGUAGGGCCUUUAAAUAAUUAUUGAGGGCCUCCUUCUGUCACAACUUCAUAAUACUGCGUGUGCCUGCAAUCGUAGGAUAAGAAGAGGGUAAGAAGAAGAAACUGUUGAUACUUUAUAAACCAGCCUGCACCCUUGACUUUACAGUGUAGCAGGAAUAAGAGCAGCACAUACCUGUUAUUACUGUCUAUACAGUGGGUAUCACCCAUCAUCCAACUCAACCUUGGAAGGUCAUAACAUUGUCACAGCUGGUAAUUAUGCAUGGGCGUGUGUGCCCACAAUAAUAUGCCAUUAAUGAAUGGCAGGUUGAUCAGCAUCUUACUUGGCACGAAACAAAGUCUCAUAAAGCAAAGAGCUGAAAUGCAUUUUCCAUACAAUAAUUAAUCAAUAUACAUGGCUUUGGCUUUGUUUAAUGUUCAGUGAUAAAGAAAAUUAAGAACAAGAAGAAAACAAAAGAGUUUAACUAACAAAAAUGUCUCCAGUCUUUCAUAAGUGAACAUCCUCCUCCUGCAUACUGUCUCUUUAUCAGCAGGUGUUGAGGUCUCUUCAGUCUUCACCCUGCAGAGGACCAUCGGAUGCCGCCGCAGCUUUUGGUUGUAGAACAUGUGAAACUUGUUUCACAACACAAACAAUUACAUAACCAAAAUCCUCCCUAAUGCCCUUCUCCUCCCUAACAUGCUCUGUCACUCAGUCUCUCCAGUAUAUAGUGACGGCAGGUCUCAUUUUACAGAAGGAGCAGAUAGAUGCAAGAGAGAAAGAUUCCUGCAGGUCACUUGAGAAAAAACAACUCCUGUCCCCAUUUCCUACCUCAAUAUUUUUGUGCACAGGUCACCGCAAAGAGAUGAGAACAGUACGCCCGGAGCAGAAUGCUCUUUAUCGGCUCUGCCUCCUCCUGCUGGGCUUCUUGGUGUCCACUUCAGCAGCCUGGGACCUGGUUGUACUCCACACCAAUGACGUUCAUGCUCGGGUGGAGGAGACCAGCGAGCACUCCGGGAAAUGCAGCAGCAGCAGUGGGUGUUUUGCCGGGGUGGCCCGGAGAGCCACGAUGAUCAAGAGGAUCCGCAACCACGAGAGCAACGUGCUGCUGCUGGACGCUGGAGACCAGUUCCAGGGGACUAUCUGGUUCAACCGCUACAAUGGAGCUGAGGCUGCGUAUUUUAUGAACGAACUGGGGUAUGACUGCAUGAUAGACUCCAUGGACACAUCACUACAAGCAGCCAUCAUUGGUGGAAAUGCUGAUGCUGUCACUUCACUGGAGGGCUACCUGGUCUUCAACUAUUCAGGACCACACCUGCAGUUUGAGGACGAGGUGACUGCCAUGCAGCUGCAGGUGGAGGAACUGCAGAAGCAGGGAGUCAAUAAGAUCAUUGCUCUGGGUCACUCAGGCAUUGAUGUGGAUAAGGAGAUCGCUAAGAAGGUCAGCGGAGUCAACAUCGUCGUGGGUGGACACAGAUCCCCUCCCUCUACUGAAGUCCCUGCCGGUUCUUAUCCACUCAUGGUGCAAUCAGACGAUGGGCGGCAGGUUCCUGUUGUGCAGGCCUAUGCCUUUGGAAAAUAUCUGGGUCAUCUGAAGGUGACCUUUGACAAUGCUGGGAAUGUGGUAAAUGCCACAGGAAACCCCAUCCUGCUGGACAGCAAUAUCCCACAGGAUCCAGAUGUUCUGGCUGACGUGGAGGAAUGGAAAAAGGGUCUGGCCAACUACUCGACUCAGGUGGUGGGAAACACUCUGGUCUUCCUGAAUGGCAGCCGUGUGGAAUGUCGAUUUCGGGAAUGCAACCUUGGAAACCUGAUCUGUGAUGCCAUGGUUGACAACAACAUCAGGUUCUCAGACAGUAUUCAGUGGAACCAUGUCAGUGCCAGCAUCUUCAACGGAGGAGGCAUCCGCUCGUCUAUUGACGAACGUGCAAGGAAUGGUUCAAUCACCAUGGAGGACGUGAUGACAGUCUUACCUUUUGGAAAUACUUUUGACCUGCUAGAGCUGAAUGGCUCCACACUGUUUAAAAUCUUCGAACACUCAGUGAAACAAUAUGGUCAGAGCAAAGGACAUUUCCUUCAAGUAUCAGGAUUCCGUUUAGAGUUUGACCCCUCUAAACCUGAGGGGAAUCGUGUGAUGAGCCUCAGCAUCCUCUGCGUGCAGUGUCGAGUUCCUCGCUACAAACCUGUUCAGCCCGAGAUGGUUUAUGAAGUGGUGAUGCCAUCCUUCAUAGCGCAGGGUGGAGAUGGAUUCUCCAUGAUCCCAGAUGAGAAGCUCAACCACGACACCGGGAAUUUGGAUGUUUCAGUCCUGCCUGAAUACAUCAUGAAAAAUCAGAAAGUUUAUACGCCUCUUCAAGGACGCAUUAAGGUCCUCCACUCAACUUCUGGACAAACUACUUCACUGAGCAACUCAACUUCUGGACAAACCACUCCUCUCAACUCAACUUCUGGACAAACCACUCCUCUCAACUCAACCUCUGGACAGACCACUCCACUCAGCAGCUCGGCUCUUGCACAAACCACUCCACUGGUUAUUCUGGUCUCACUUGGGCUGCUGUGGUCUCUGUGUGGGAGCAUGGAAGGCUGACUUUAACCAGAAACACAACUUAAACUCUUUCUCUCCUAGUGGAGCACAGGUCAUCCACAAUUCUUCCCCAGUGCUCUCUGUUUUGGGCCACUUUCUGCAGUUCCAAUUUUACGUCACUUUCUUGGCCUCUAUGUCUUGUGACCUCC